AUGGCAGCCGGUGGUUUGAAACACUUCAGCGGGGAGGUAGUGGAAGAGAAAUUUCUCACGUGUUCAAUAUGCUUGGAAAAGUUCAAAACUCCAAAACUUUUGCCAUGUAUCCAUACCUUCUGUCUGAAAUGUCUGAAGGAGCACGUGGAACGUUCUGCCAGGAACGGAUCGUUCCCGUGUCCCAACUGCAGACAACCCACUGAUGUUCCCACCAACAUCGACACAGGCUUCAAGACCAACUUCUUCAUGAACAGUCUGCUGGACUUCUUUGCUGACAUUGGUGCCGGCCACACUUGUUCAUUUUGCUUGUCCACAGGAAAAACAGAAAAAGCCGUGUCCAAAUGUAUCGACUGCUCGGAUUAUUUGUGUGAAAAAUGCACCGGGGUCCAUGGAAUGACACGACAAACUGUAAAACACAAAGUCAUUUCUAUUGAUCAACUUGUCAGAAGUGGAGUGGAUGAAGAAACGUCGGCGAAGGCGGGAUUCCCGUGCUCGGAACAUCCUGAGGAAAACGUUCGCUAUUACUGUACUGUUUGUGAGAAACCAGUGUGUCGAGAUUGCAAGAUAUUAGAUCAUCACCAGCACCAGUGUAUUGCAUUCCAGGAGGCUGCCAAAGAACGCAAGCCGAAGAUGAAAGAGUCAGUGUCGUUCCUAAAGGAUCAUUUAAUAAGUGCGGAAAGUUUGAAGGUCUCAGCUGAAGAAGACAUGGAAAAAGGGAAGAAAUUUUCUGAGCGAUAUGUUCGGGAAAUAGAGGGAAUAUACACUGAAUCGAUUAAGUACUUGACGUCACUUAAAACACAGACAAUUAAUCAGAUUAAUGAACAUAAUGCUACAUUCCUAAAACAGAUGACGUCGAGUGUAGAUGAAGCAGACAUGCGCUGUACACAAAUCAAGAGCUUCCAGGAAUAUUUGACGAAUGUCCUGAACGUGGGCACUGAUGUGGAGAUCUUGGAGACUUACUCGUUGGCCAGAAAACAGAAUCUUUGCCGUAAACAAACUCAAUCGGUUCGUCAAACAGACUCGUCUUUCUUCAGUCAGAUCCUGGAAUCCCAAGAACGUAAAGAGAUAUUUACUUUUGAGGAAAGGCUUGCAAAAAAUACAAGACCAAAAUUAUCGACCUUUACCUUUACUAUUUGCAAAAUCCUCAGCAAUUUCAUGAUCGCUUUGGUGCAAUACAUGGACACAAAGGAUAAAGCAGUGAUGAAAAACAUUUAUAACGUAUCAGACAACCCAUUUCUUAUAAGAGGAGGAUAUCUACAUUCUGGCUUGCGCUAG